AUGGGCAAGCCAGUGACCAUUGUUGUUGGUUCUCAAAUUUGGGUUGAAAAUCCAGAAUUAGUUUGGAUUGACGGAGAAGUAAUAAAUAUUAAGGGAGAGGAUGCUGAGAUUCAAGUUAGUAAUGGGAAUAAGGUCGUUGCAAAGGUGUCAAAAAUAUAUCCAAAGGAUAUGGAAAUGCCUGCUGGUGGAGUUGAUGACAUGACUAAGCUAUCAUACUUGCAUGAACCUGGAGUUCUUUGUAAUUUGGCAACUAGAUAUGAGAGCAAUGAAAUUUAUACUUACACCGGAAACAUUCUCAUCGCCAUCAAUCCAUUCCAAAGUCUCUCACAUCUGUAUGAUACUGUUAUGAUGGAACGGUAUAAUGGAGUGCCAUUUGGAGAACUGGGUCCUCAUGUUUUUGCAAUAGCUGAUGCUGCAUACAGGGAAAUGAUUAAUGAGGGUAAUAGCAACUCUAUUCUGGUUAGUGGGGAAAGCGGAGCUGGUAAGACUGAAACAACUAAAAUGCUUAUGCGCUACCUUGCCUAUUUGGGCGGAAAUGCUGCAGCUGAAGGACGGACUGUUGAACAACAAGUUUUAGAAUCAAAUCCAGUUCUUGAAGCCUUUGGUAAUGCUAAAACUGUUAAGAAUAACAAUUCCAGCCGCUUUGGGAAAUUUGUCGAGAUUCAAUUUGAUAAACGUGGUAGAAUAUCGGGGGCAGCCAUCAGAACUUAUCUCUUAGAGAGAUCUCGUGUUUGCCAAAUUUCUGAUUUAGAGCGUAACUAUCACUGUUUUUAUCUCCUUUGUGCUGCUCCGGAACAGGAAAAAGAGAAGUAUAAGUUGGGAGAUCCUAAGUCAUAUCACUAUCUUAAUCAAUCAAAUUGCUAUCAACUGGAUGGUAUAAGUGAUGAACAUAAUUAUCUCUCCACAAGGAGAGCCAUGGAUGUUGUUGGAAUAAGUGUAGUAGAACAGGAGGCUAUUUUCAGUGUUGUUGCUGCAAUUCUUCAUCUUGGUAAUAUUGAUUUUGCCAAUGGGGAAGAUAAUGAUUCAUCUGUUCUGAAAAAUGAUGAAUCCCUUUUUCAUCUUCAAAUGACAGCAGAACUUCUAAUGUGUAAUCCUCGUGCACUGGAAGAUGCACUGUGUAAGCGUGUAAUGGUUACUCCUGAAGAAAUUAUUAAAAGAAGUCUUGAUCCCCAUGGCGCAACAGUUAGCAGAGAUGGUUUGGCCAAGACUAUAUACUCUCGUUUGUUUGACUGGUUGGUGGAUAAAAUCAAUGUCUCAAUUGGACAAGACCCUAGCUCAAAAUGUCUGAUCGGGGUCCUUGAUAUAUAUGGUUUUGAAAGCUUUAAAACUAACAGUUUUGAGCAGUUCUGUAUUAAUUACACUAAUGAAAAGCUGCAACAACAUUUCAACAAGCAUGUAUUCAAGUCGGAACAAGAGGAGUACACUAGAGAGGAAAUUGAUUGGAGCUACAUAGAAUUUGUUGAUAAUAAAGAUGUCCUGGAUCUCAUUGAACAGAAAAAAGGUGGAAUUAUUGCUCUGCUUGAUGAAGCUUGCAUGUUUCCAAAAUCAACUCAUGACACAUUUUCACAAAAGCUGUAUCAGACAUUCAAAGAUAACAAACGCUUCAUCAAGCCAAAACUGACCCGCUCAGAUUUCACCAUUGUUCAUUAUGCAGGAGAAGUACAAUAUCAGUCUGAUCAAUUUCUAGACAAAAAUAAAGACUAUAUUGUUCCAGAGCAUCGAGAUUUGUUGAGUGCUUCAAAAUGCUCUUUCGUAGCAGGCCUUUUCCCUUCACUUACUGAGGAGGCGGCCAAAUCUUCCAAGUUCUCAUCUAUCAGUUCUCGUUUUAAGCUACAACUCCAACACUUGAUGGAAACACUAAAUGCUACAGAACCCCAUUACAUUAGAUGUAUAAAGCCAAAUAAUGUCCUAAAGCCUGCAAUAUUUGAGAAUAUCAAUGUCGUGCAACAACUACAUUCUGGUGGUGUUUUAGAGGCAGUCCGAAUAAAAUGUGCAGGAUACCCUACUUACAGGAGUUUUUUUGAAUUUUUAACUCGAUUUCGUAUCCUGGCCCCUGAGGUUCUAAAAAUGGACUGUCCUGAAAACGAAGCCUGCGAAAAGAUUCUGGAGAAGAUGGGGCUUAAAGAUUAUCAGAUAGGGAAAACAAAGGUUUUCCUAAGAGCUGGUCAGAUGGCUGAGCUAGAUGCAAAGAGAACACUCAUGCUUGGCGACUCAGCUCAGGUGAUUCAAAGGCGAGGCCGAACUCGUAUUACUCGUAGAAAGUAUGUUUCUAUACGGGAGGCUUCUAUUUGUGUACAAUCAUUUUGCAGAGGAGAAUUGGCUCGCAAGUUAUAUAAGCUCAAGAAGCGGGUGAAUGCUGUAGUUAAAAUUCAGAAGACUGCACGUAAACGCCUGGCGAGAAAAGACUAUGUCAAAAUCUUGUUCUCUUCAGUUGUCUUACAGACUAGUUUACGGGCAAUGGUUGCUCGUGAUGAACUUAGAUAUAGGGUUAAGGUUGCAAUUAUUAUUCAGACAGGUUUACGGGCAAUGGCUGCUCGUGAUGCUUUUAGAUAUAGAGUUAAUGCGGCAGUUAUUAUUCAGACAGGUUUACGAGCAAUGGCUGCUCGUGAUGCUUUUAGAUGUGGAAUGCAAUCUAAGCCGAGAGUUAUUGUUCAGACUGACUUGGAAAAAGCAGAAGGAGAAGAGGCAACAAAGUUGGAGUCCUCUGUGCAAGCUAAUAUCAAAAUUCUUACUGCAGAAGUUGAAAAUCUGAAGGCCAUGCUGCAAGCAGAAAAACAAAGAGCCAAUGAGUGUGAAAGGAGAUACGUAGAAGCCCGGGUAUCAAGUGAGGAAGGACGUAAAAAGUUAGAGGAAACUGAAAGAAUAGUACAUCAACUUCAGGACUCUUUGAACAGGAUGAUAUAUUGCAUGUCAAACCAAGUUUCGGAACUGAAAACAAUCUUAUCUACCGCAUCCAAAUCAAGUUCAACAACUGCAGGACCUUUUGUUAGACAUGAAUGGUUCGAUAGCAUUUCCAGUAACUCUGAAUGUUCAUCCACUGACUCAGAUUUUACUUUUCCAGCUCCAACUCCAACCUCAGCUAACUUUUCUCCCCCAUGCACCAAUUCUCUCAAGCUCAUAGUUCAGGACAUUUCAGCCGGAGAUGUUUCAGGAUCUGAAAGUGAGAAGGAGGGGGGGGCUUUUGAUGACUUCUUCUGA